UUACUUGAAUAAAGAGUGCUCUACGCCUGAGACCCAGGCACAUUUGUGUCAACACUUGGCUAGUCAUAGAUUCAUGGAAGGUGAGUACAGCCUCCACAGUUAUAAUACUACUUAUUCAUUGUAGCUCUUGUCCUACAUCUUUGUCCCAUGAAAGUAAUAAUAAUUACGUGCAUAUUUCAGUUCUGUUAUUUGAAAAAGUGCAAGCUUCAAGAGCACUCUUUUGACACUGCAAAUGUUCUAUUAAAAUCUCGAGAGCCAUGCUGAACCCGCUGGAUGUUUGGAUACAGUCAGGGUGGCAUUCCAGCGCCUAAAUGCAGAUGGAAGGGUAUUUACUUUUUAACUAACAAGAGCUAGCGUUGAUGGCAAAAGAUAGCUACUCUCAAAGAGAGAGACAGUCAUUUGCUAUGGAUGAAAGACUUGGGUAAUUGGGCCAUUGGUUCUGUGGACCUUUACUUUCUUUCACUCGUUUUAAUUUGAAGAAAAUACACUUUCAAUCUACCCAAAAUGUGUAUAAAUUUUUACAUAUGAAACAAUAUUUAUUAAUAAAAAAUUUCACGAGGGAAACAAAAUCAAUGAGAAAGAAAAUUCAAAUAUUUUGGCUAUCAACUUGCCCUUGUAGAAAAUAAAAGAUUCCCCCAAAAUCUGAAUCGCCAGACUGCAAUUCCACUCAGAGCCUCUGGGCGCCGCUGUCGGCCAGUGCAGAGCAAGCUCCGCUGUCCCGGAUCCCUCAGUCUCUAAGCUGCAAUUUCCUACGCACAAACGAAUACACACCAAGGGGAAACUCUCACUCACACAGACUAAGACACCGAUUCCCGGACACAAACCGGGGUCCCGCUGUCCGGGGCUGAACGCGCCUCCACCGCGGUAGGCUGCACUCUCUCCUAUUGUGAAGAACUGAAGACCUACAGAGAACCCGAGCCAACAAUGGGAGGGAGCAGCGCGCAGAGGCAGCGCCCCGGCCGCCCGCAGGUACUGUUUACCCUGCUGCUGCCUUUGUUCUGUCCCGCGCUGGGCCAGCCCGUCCGCUACUCCGUCCCUGAGGAGCUGGACCGCGGUUCGGUGGUGGGGAACCUUGCCAAGGAUCUGGGACUCAGUGUCCUGGAAGUGUCAGCUAGGAAGCUGCGGGUUAGCGCAGAGAAGAUGCACUUCAGCGUGGAUUCCGAGAGCGGGGACUUACUGGUGAAGGACCGCAUAGACCGCGAGCAGAUAUGCAAAGGGAGGAGAAGGUGUGAGCUACAGUUGGAAUCCGUGCUGGAAAACCCUUUAAAUAUUUUUCAUGUCCUUGUGGAGAUUGAAGAUGUUAAUGAUCACGCUCCUCAAUUUCCAAAAGAUGAAAUAAACCUAGAGAUAAGUGAAUCCGUCAGCCCAGGGGCGAGAACAAUUCUGGAGUCUGCAAAUGAUCCUGAUAUUGAUGUGAAUUCUCUUAGUAAAUACCAACUAAGUCCUAAUGAGUAUUUCUCAUUAUUGGUGAAAGACAAUCCGGAGGGUGGCAAAUACCCAGAAUUAGAAUUGCAGAAGAUGCUGGACCGAGAAACAGAGAGCACACACAACCUGGUGCUGACAGCUGUAGACGGUGGGGACCCUCCCCAAGUGGCACAACUCAGCUCCGAAUCCAGUGGUGGAGCCAAUGAUAACCCCCAGUGUUCAGCCGAAAAGUGUACAGAGUCCGCCUUCGAAGACUUGCCUCCAGGGGCGACCGUCCUAAGGCUGAAAACCACGGAUCAGGACAGGGGCAUCAAUGCAGAGUUCACAUAUUCCUUCCUGGGUGUGGCUAACAAAGCCCAGCACGAGUUCUCUCUGGAUCCCGUAACAGGAGAUAUAAUAACUCUACAGUCAUUGGAUUUUGAAGAAGUAGAACGAUAUACGAUUGGCGUGGAGGCGAAGGACCGAGGAUCUCUUUCUUCGCAGUGUAAAGUAAUUAUAGAAGUUCUAGAUGAGAAUGACAACCGUCCAGAAAUAAUCAUCACUUCUCUCUCGGAUCAGAUUUUGGAGGAUUCCCCUUCCGGAACGGUUGUGGCCCUCUUCAAGGUACGGGAUCGAGAUUCUGGGGAAAACGCAGAAGUCACUUGCAGUUUAAGCGGAAACAACCCAUUUAAGAUUCAUUCUUCUUCCAAUAAUUACUACAAGUUAGUAACAGAUAGCAUCCUAGACCGGGAACAGACACCAGGGUACAACGUCACUAUCACAGCCACAGAUAGGGGCAAGCCGCCCCUUUCCUCCAGCACAACCAUCACUCUGAAUGUAGCUGACGUCAACGACAAUGCGCCAGUUUUCCAACAGCAGGCCUACCUAAUAAACCUACCAGAAAACAACCAGCCCGGUACCUCCAUAACUCAAGUCAGAGCAUGGGAUCCAGAUGUGGGAUCCAAUGGCCUCGUCUCCUACUCCAUCAUAGCUAGCGACCUAGAACCAAAAGCGCUGUCAUCCUUUGUGUCUGUGAACAAGGACAGUGGAGUGGUGUAUGCGCAGCGCGCCUUCGACCACGAGCAGCUGCGCUCCUUCCAGCUGACUCUACAGGCGCGCGACCAGGGAUCGCCCGCGCUCAGCGCCAACGUGAGCAUGCGCGUGCUGGUGGGCGACCGCAAUGACAACGCGCCACGCGUGCUGUAUCCCGCUCUCGAGCCCGACGGCUCUGCGCUCUUCGAUAUGGUGCCGCGCGCUGCCGAGCCGGGAUACUUGGUCACGAAGGUGGUGGCUGUGGAUGCGGACUCCGGACACAAUGCCUGGCUGUCUUACCACGUGUUGCAGGCCAGCGAUCCCGGGCUCUUCAGCCUGGGGCUGCGCACAGGCGAGGUGCGCACAGCGCGUGCCUUGGGCGAUAAGGAUGCAGCUCGUCAGCGCCUUCUGGUCGCUGUGCGUGAUGGUGGACAGCCACCCCUGUCCGCUACUGCUACACUGCUUUUAGUUUUUGCAGACAGCCUACAAGAAGCUUUGCCAGACCUCGUCGAUCAUCCCAUCCCCUCCGACCCUCAGAGUGAGCUUCAGUUUUACCUGGUGGUGGCCUUGGCCCUGAUCUCGGUGCUUUUCCUUCUCGCAAUAAUUUUGGCCAUUGCUUUGCGCCUGCGACAGUCUUCCAGCCCAUCAACCACUGGUUGCUUUGGGUCGGUUCUUGGUUCCAAGUCUAGACCAGUACUUCCACCCAACUACAGUGAGGGGACAUUGCCCUAUGCCUAUAAUGUGUGCGUGCCGGGAGAUCAACUUAAGCCAGAAUUUAAUUUUCUCACAUCCGUUGGAGAUUGUCCUGCCGCACAAGAUCUUCUCAACAAAGAUAGCUCCUCGGCACUGCUGGCUAGCAUGUUAACUCCUAGUGUGGAAGCAGACAAGCAGACCUUUAACCAGGUAUUUAAUAUUGUGCUUUUUAUAUUCCGGUACGCCAACGUGUAUAUAUAGAGAGAGCUGCAAUUUUAAAGGAUGGUUUGUUUUGUUUCCUGUUUUGUUUGAGACACGGUCUCUCUAUGUAGUCCUGGUUGUUCUGGAAUUAGCUAUGUAGGCCAAGAGGGCCUAGCAUUCACAUAGAUCCACCUGCCUCUGCUUCACAAGCACUGGGAUUAAAGGGGUGGGCCACCGCGCUGGACUCUAUUUUAGGAGCUUUAUGUUUCUAAGAGAAAUGUAGGUCAAACUUGGGUAUCACUGUUUUUGGAAGGGUGUGGGAGUGUGCCGUAGUGACCAAACUCGUACCAGUUCUAGCCAGCAUGCACAAAAGGUUUGUGGUGAUGAAAUAAU